AUGGAUCGUACCACCCUUUUUUAUUUGAGGAGUGGUAGUGAACAAAUAGAUCCCCAAACGAAAACCGAAAAAGACCAGUCUCGCACAGAACGACUCGUUCGCAAAGCAUACCAAGAGAAACUCGAAAAAUGGGGAGAAAGCUCGUUGCGCCUCUUCAAGUUAGAGCACAUACGCUAUCUCACGAAGAGGUUGGUGAACCUACCUACGAGUAUGGAACAUUUGGAUGCAAGUCAACCAUGGUUGGCUUACUGGAUGGUUCAUGCCCUCCGGCUACUUAAUUUUCGAAUAUCAGACAGUCAAAAGCGUGAUUUAGUUUCGCUUUUAAAAAGUUGCCAGGUUUGUUUAAUGCUUUGCUGUGAGCUCAUAUUUUCGUUUCAGCACCCUGAUGGCGGAUUUGCUGGCGGUCCUAAACAGUUAGCUCACUUAGCACCGACUUAUGGUGCUAUUAAUUGUCUGGCUUCCCUUGUCUGUGUCGAUGCCUUAGAUGUUAUCGACAGACAAAAACUCGGUGAUUGGCUCUUAUCCCUUCACCAACCAGACGGCUCCUUCAUUAUGCACCAUGGCGGCGAGGUCGAUGUGCGUGGGGCCUACUGUGCCGUCUCCGUGGCUGCUCUAACUGGCCUGCUGAAAUCAAGACCUGAAAUUUUUACUGGCACAGCCAAAUGGAUUGCCCGUUGUCAGACUUACGAGGGUGGAUUCGCCGGGCAGCCUGGGUUAGAAGCCCACGGCGGCUACUCUUUUUGCGCCUUUGCGGCCCUGCAUCUCCUUGGUAGGACCGAACUCGUCAACAUUCCCCGUUUCCUUCGAUGGUCGGCUCACCGUCAACUACCGACUGAGGGUGGUUUUCAGGGACGUACUAACAAACUCGUCGACAGCUGCUACUCCUUUUGGGUGGGCGCACUUUUCCCCCUGCUGGAAGACGUCCUGUACACACGAGGUGACCCAGCCCUUGCCUUCGAAACUUCCCACUUCGAUGCCUCAGCGCUGCAGGUUAGUCCAUCUUCCCGGCUUAACUGUGGGGAAAUUUCAGAUUCUUGUUGUUGA